CGCAUUUUUUACAUGCAUUUUGUUUUUAAAUUCUGCCUAAUAUUCCAGUUUGGUGUUAUGUUCAUGCUUGCUGAUCUGCCCUCUUUAUGCAUGCAGAAUUUAACUAUGAACUCUUCUAAUGAAAUAUGAUGCCUUGAGUGCUGUUUAAUUCAUUGAGUUUUACCCAACAGUUCUUCACUAUUUCAACAAAUUAAAAAAUCAAUGAAAUGCCUUCAGAACCCAGCAAAAGAUCUAUUGAAGAACAAGAGACUACAACAUCUUUCAAGAGAGUCAAGGAAUCUGACUCUGAAAAUACUGAGCCUGCCAAGAAAAUAAGCUUUGGACUUGUACAGCAGACUGGGAACAAAGUCUUAUCAAGUGGCUUGAAAAUGGGCUUCAGUAAAAGUCAAGGGUCUUUAUCUACACAAACUAAUAAAAAGUCCCAGAGCUCAACCAUGACCAGAGUUGCUGCUGCAUUUGAAGAUGAUGACCAAGAGGAGGAGGAGGAAGAAAUGCCGCCAGAGGCCAAAAUGCGCAUGAAGAAUAUUGGCAGAGAUACUCCAACUUCGGCUGGCCCCAACAGCUUUGGCAAGUCUCGAAUUGGUUUCUGCGACUCAAAGAAAGUGUACGAAAAGAAAAUGAAAGAAACAGAGAAGGAAUUAUUAGCCAAAGAAGAAGGUGGUGCUAAGAAAAAGAGCAGUUAAUUGAGAUCUUGCUCCUAAAAGGGGUCAAUUAAUUUCAUCUUGAUUUAACUAAUUUCUGUUCCUCGAUAAUUAAAAAACUGGCUGUCCUGUACUCAGCAUGCCUGACAUCACAUCGCGGAUUUGAUUUUCCACAGCAACUCGCAGUUAAAUUUAAAUCGGUGCAAUGGUGAAGCGUUUUCAUGCAUAGAAUUCCAUAGCCAAAAUAAUGUUGACGUCAAUUAUAUUAAUUUCAUUGCAAUCAUCAGCUGUGAUUCGAUCUGAUACAGAACUUUUCCAAACGAUUCAUUCUAGAGCACGAAAAAAUGCAGUUUGAAAAAAUUUCAUUUCGUAUUUGCUGCAACGAUCAUACUGAUUUAGUUUAGGAGCAACGAAGUGAUCAAGUUCGUGAUCAUAUGUUUGCUAGAGGCUGUUUAGAUCGCUUGUAAUUCAGUGAAAAACAAAGGCGUCGCUCAGACUCCUUUAAUAAAUUGAAGUAGCCUGAUCAAUUUUAAUGGUCAAGUGUUUGUGUUGUGACAAUUAAAUCACUUACGGGACGUCUUUAUUUAACUUAACAUCUCAUAAAGUGUCAGUUGAUAAGGUCGAGAGUUAUCAUUUUCUGAAUUUAUAGUGCUGUC